AGUAGUAGUAGUAGUAGUAGUAGUAGUAGUAGUAGUAGUAGUAGUAGUAGUAGUAGUAGUAGUAGUAGUAGUAGUAGUAGUAGUAGUAGUAGUAGUAGUAGUAGUAGUAGUAGUAGUAGUAGUAGUAGUAGUAGUAGUAGUAGUAGUAGUAGUAGUAGUAGUAGUAGUAGUAGUAGUAGUAGUAGUAGUAGUAGUAGUAGUAGUAGUAGUAGUAGUAGUAGUAGUAGUAGUAGUAGUAGUAGUAGUAGUAGUAGUAGUAGUAGUAGUAGUAGUAGUAGUAGUAGUAGUAGUAGUAGUAGUAGUAGUAGUAGUAGUAGUAGUAGUAGUAGUAGUAGUAGUAGUAGUAGUAGUAGUAGUAGUAGUAGUAGUAGUAGUAGUAGUAGUAGUAGUAGUAGUAGUAGUAGUAGUAGUAGUAGUAGUAGUAGUAGUAGUAGUAGUAGUAGUAGUAGUAGUAGUAGUAGUAGUACUGUGACGUACGGGACAGCUUCAGCCCCCUUUCUUGCCACCAGAAGCCUGCCUGGCACGGCUCCGACAAGUAGUAGUAGUAGUAGUAGUAGUAGUAGUAGUAGUAGUAGUAGUAGUAGUAGUAGUAGUAGUAGUAGUAGUAGUAGUAGUAGUAGUAGUAGUAGUAGUAGUAGUAGUAGUAGUAGUAGUAGUAGUAGUAGUAGUAGUAGUAGUAGUAGUAGUAGUAGUAGUAGUAGUAGUAGUAGUAGUAGUAGUAGUAGUAGUAGUAGUAGUAGUAGUAGUAGUAGUAGUAGUAGUAGUAGUAGUAGUAGUAGUAGUAGUAGUAGUAGUAGUAGUAGUAGUAGUAGUAGUAGUAGUAGUAGUAGUAGUAGUAGUAGUAGUAGUAGUAGUAGUAGUAGUAGUAGUAGUAGUAGUAGUAGUAGUAGUAGUAGUAGUAGUAGUAGUAGUAGUAGUAGUAGUAGUAGUAGUAGUAGUAGUAGUAGUAGUAGUAGUAGUAGUAGUAGUAGUAGUAGUAGUAGUAGUAGUAGUAGUAGUAGUAGUAGUAGUAGUAGUAGUAGUAGUAGUAGUAGUAGUAGUAGUAGUAGUAGUAGUAGUAGUAGUAGUAGUAGUAGUAGUAGUAGUAGUAGUAGUAGUAGUAGUAGUAGUAGUAGUAGUAGUAGUAGUAGUAGUAGUAGUAGUAGUAGUAGUAGUAGUAGUAGUAGUAGUAGUAGUAGUAGUAGUAGUAGUAGUAGUAGUAGUAGUAGUAGUAGUAGUAGUAGUAGUAGUAGUAGUAGUAGUAGUAGUAGUAGUAGUAGUAGUAGUAGUAGUAGUAGUAGUAGUAGUAGUAGUAGUAGUAGUAGUAGUAGUAGUAGUAGUAGUAGUAGUAGUAGUAGUAGUAGUAGUAGUAGUAGUAGUAGUAGUAGUAGUAGUAGUAGUAGUAGUAGUAGUAGUAGUAGUAGUAGUAGUAGUAGUAGUAGUAGUAGUAGUAGUAGUAGUAGUAGUAGUAGUAGUAGUAGUAGUAGUAGUAGUAGUAGUAGUAGUAGUAGUAGUAGUAGUAGUAGUAGUAGUAGUAGUAGUAGUAGUAGUAGUAGUAGUAGUAGUAGUAGUAGUAGUAGUAGUAGUAGUAGUAGUAGUAGUAGUAGUAGUAGUAGUAGUAGUAGUAGUAGUAGUAGUAGUAGUAGUAGUAGUAGUAGUAGUAGUAGUAGUAGUAGUAGUAGUAGUAGUAGUAGUAGUAGUAGUAGUAGUAGUAGUAGUAGUAGUAGUAGUAGUAGUAGUAGUAGUAGUAGUAGUAGUAGUAGUAGUAGUAGUAGUAGUAGUAGUAGUAGUAGUAGUAGUAGUAGUAGUAGUAGUAGUAGUAGUAGUAGUAGUAGUAGUAGUAGUAGUAGUAGUGAACAACGGCUCAUAUAA